UAAUUCACAUUACCUUUUCCAUACCAUUAUCUUAGAAAGCGCGUAAACUUCGCCCUUCAAGUCAUAAAUAUGUUCUUCCUCAAUUUACUGACAUUUGGACUCGCGGGAAAGCUCGGAAGACUUACUCAUUAUGCAUUUGAUGCUGUCCUAUUCUCAGCAUUCUUGGCUGGUAUGAAGAGAUCAACUGGUUUAACCCUUAAGAAAGAUGUCACCGAAAACAAAGAAAUUAACGGUUGGAUCGAGAAAUAUCUUGGAGUUGGUGAAUGGGUUAUGGAUACAUCGGUAGCCUUUGCAGGGUCUUCCGGCUUCUUUGAGAGAAAGAGAUGA